AUGUGGCUUGUCAACGCCAAAACAUUCGAGCUAAAAUCAUUUAUCGACGAGGAAAGUCCUCCGCCCUACGCAAUCCUCUCCCACACAUGGGGAGACCCGGAGGAGGAGAUUAGCUUUCAGGAUUUAAACCUCUGGGCCACUGGAAAAGAUUUCAAGGGGCUUAAGCGGGUCGGCUGGCGGAAAGUACGGCGAGCGUGUGCCCAAGCACUAGAACGCAGACUCUCUUACAUCUGGAUUGAUACUUGUUGCAUCGAUAAGUCCAGCAGUGCUGAGCUUCAGGAGGCUAUAAACUCCAUGUUUGCCUAUUACGCCAGCUCCGCUAUAUGCUUUGCCUACCUUGUUGACGUUGAUAUACUUAAACCCCACGAUUCUGUUUUCGAUCAACAGUUUCGACAGGCACGAUGGUUUACCCGAGGCUGGACCUUACAGGAGCUUUUGGCCCCGACAAAAAUUCACUUUUUCAAUCGCGUGUGGGAUAGCAUCAGCGACAAGAAAAACCUCCAGGCACUUAUCACAGACAUCACGGGCAUUAAUCCCCAGUUUAUGACCAACCCGCACCAGGCUUCUGUGGCUGAACGAAUGGCAUGGGCGGCAAAACGACAAACCACCAGACGUGAGGAUAUGGCAUAUUGCCUCCUAGGCUUGUUCCAAGUGAAUAUGCCAUUGCUGUAUGGUGAAGGCAACAGGGCAUUUGAAAGGCUCCAAGAAGAGAUUCUGAGAUCAAAUGAGGAUGCCUCUAUCCAUAUCUGGGGAAGACAAGGCCAUUCAAGCUAUACUGAGUUUGAUUUUAAAAUUGAAAGUCAACAAGAUAUGGGCAAAAGGCUUAGUUUUGUGCAUUCUAUAUUACUGGCACCGCAUCCAGAGUAUUUCCGGAUUGUUGGACUUGGUAUGACGGCCAACGCGUUAAGAUUUAAACCACCAUCCUUUACCAUGGGCCAAAGAGGCUUGACUGCACAGCUACGGAUGAGAGCCGACCCAAAUUACGAGGGUAUUGCGUAUGCUAUUCCAAACGUGUCAACCAGGCAGGCGAUUCUGGCAAUACCAUUGAUUUCCAUCAGUUGUGGCAAUGAUUGUGAUGGAGAAGAAAUCCACAACGAAUACUACCGGCCAAUUUGGUGCAAACCCAUCUAUCUAUCUUCGAAGUUUUUGGACGAAUCACACUAUGAGGAGAUUCUCAUCCGUCGUCGCCCCAAGAAUAAGUGCAAGUUCUUCAAUCUUCCAUUCCGACUGGAUAUAAGGUAUUCAGAGAAACUCACUCUAAUGGGGGUUUAUCCACCCAGCCCCGUCGGAAACACGUUUGUUUUACUCUCAAAGAAUCCAGCGAGAUUAAAUGAAGAGAAGUUCGAAACCCCCGGGAGACCUAUUACCUCACAGAACGCACACGUUGGCAGAAGAUUCUUCCACAUAAAUAUCAAUAAAGUCGGCCUCGUUGUCCCUGCACUAGUUGUUGUGGAUUAUCGUGUUCAGCCAGCCGAGAGUGACAUGCAUGCACCCUGGGAUUUUUCCGGACAUCCAAGGUGCGGCUGUAUAUUGGAAUGCCGCGUCUUCAAGCCUUUAGGUCCUUCUUUCUCAAUGGAAACGGUGCUUUCUUUCAUGAAAAAAUCCCCGGAGAAAUGGGAAGAGAUUCCACAUAAAUGGGACGGAACUCACAAAUAUUACAAUGUGGAUGACCGGGACAACUUGCUAGAAAUCCAUGUUACACAGGCUCACUCCGAAGAAGUGCCGUCCAUUGUGGUGGGCCUGGUACCUCGUGAAUCUGUGCAUACUGAAGGCGAACAUCGAUCCUUUAUCUCCAAGCGACAGACAUGGCGAUUUACCGCGGGUUUUUUCCGCAAUACCUUCGUAGGUGUUGGGAGUUGGGCAGAUUACCUCGACGUUUAUCCCUACAAGAAGGACAUGAAACAUGUUAAAAAGCUCAUCAGUCAUAUGAAUCACCCGGGAGUGAAGAUAUUGGUCAUUGACGAUAGGGGUCUUGUUAAAGAGCCUACGAGAGAGGCCUACAAAGGAUAUAUUUCUGAUGAGUCCGAGGAGUGGAGCCCCAGUGAACAUGACGAGGAUGACACCGAGGAGUGGGAUCAAGAUAGUAGUGACGAAGAUUCGGUGCGAUAUUCGAAGGAAAGAAAAGACAUGAUACGUCGAUAUUUGUCGCCAAACGGUGGCCUUUAG